CUACGAGGUUUUAAAAGAGAAAUACCUGAAGUGCCCAGACACAGUGGAAGAGUGGCAGCAAGUAGCUGAUGGAUUCCAGGCUCAGUGGAACUUCCCAAACUGCCUAGGUGCCCUGGAUGGGAAACACAUCAACAUCCGCCCCCCUCCAAGAACUGGAUCAACCUACUACUACAACUACAAACAUACAUUUUCCAUUGUGCUAAUGGCACUGGUCGACAGCAACUAUAAGUUCUUGUAUGUCGAUGUAGGUUGUAAUGGGAGGAUUUCAGAUGGUGGUGUGUUUGGUGGAUGCUCACUGCAGGAUGCCUUGGAGAAUAGGACAUGCAACAUCCCUGCACCUGCACCACUUCCUGCUUCUGACGAGGUGGUUUGUUACCACAUUGUGGCAGAUGAGGCAUUUCCCCUGAAAGAGUACCUCAUGAAGCCCUAUCCGAACCGCAGGCUAGCUGUAAAGGAACGCAUCUUCAACUACAGGCUGUCGCGGGCUCGGAGGGUGGUAGAAAAUGCCUUUGGCAUCCUAGCCAACCGUUUUCGGGUCUUCCUAACCACCAUAAACAUUCAAGACACUGCCACAGUGGAGGCCAUUGUUUUGGCUGGCUGUGCUCUGCACAACUUCCUGCGCACAGAGAGCUGUAGCGCAUACAUGGCGGGAGUUGUUGACCAGGAAGGACCCGAUCAUGAAACUGUCCCAGGAAGCUGGAGACAAGACCCUGACCUACGGCAAGCCACCCUGCCACCCACCACCAAUAACUCAGCUCGAGCCAAGCAGCACAGGGAUGAACUGUGCCAAUAUUUUAACGGUAUUGGUGCAGUGCCUUUUCAGUGGGAUAAGAUAUAGUACCAUCUUUUUCUCCCAUGGUGGUUUGGCUCAUAAAGGGGUUGUGUUGUGAUAUUAUCCUCCAGCUUUGUGAAAGUCUAUUCUUUGAAAGCAGAUUUGGGUUCUCUGUUGAUAAUAGCUCAUUCUGAUGUUGUGUGUGUC